AGAGCGCUUAAAUUGAGGCAAAACACUUGGUGCACCUAAUAAAGAGCAACAAGAUGGAUUUCCCUUCUGUACCCUCCCCCACAGGCAUUCACGGUGCUAGCGCCUCUUUAGCUACGCCGACCCGCCGACGGGUAUUGACUGGGAUCAAUUCAAAUUAUGCAGGUUGUGAGAAACGCGGGUUCUUGGAUCCUGCGGUUAUGGAGUGGGCCCCAGACCAGCGGGGUAGCGGCCAGAAUCUCAGCCCGGACCAUCCACACGGGAGCCCAGGAGAUGCACGAUGCGGCGGCCAAACAGGAAAUUGAGAAGGAGCCUCCGAGCCACAGCAGAUUCAGCAUUUACCCUCCAUUUCCAGGAGAAGAGAGCUCUCUGCAAUGGGCAGGAAAGAAAUUUGAAGAGAUCCCAGUUGCACACAUUAAAGCGACCUACAACAACACUCACAUCCAGCUGGUCUCCCCCGCUAACGUGCCCCUCGCCCGCACUUCCUGUGGCACGGAAGGGUUUCGGAACGCCAAGAAGGGCACGGGCAUCGCAGCACAGACGGCAGGCAUAGCCGCAGCGGCAAAAGCUACGGUGAAGGGUGUGACCCACAUCCGAGUUGUGGUGAAAGGCCUGGGCCCAGGGCGCUGGUCUGCCAUCAAGGGCCUGACCAUGGGCGGCCUGAAAGUGAUCUCCAUCACAGACAACACUCCUCACCCACACAACGGCUGCCGCCCCAGGAAGGCCCGGAGGCUGUGAUGGGAAGGAAACCUGCACUGCAGCCUCACCUCAGCUCUCACCUCUGGCUGGACCUCUCAAAGUCCCCUGGCAGAGUGACCCGCAGAAGAGGGCUCGCUGGAGACCUUCGGGCUCUCCAAAUGCUCUCCUCAUUUGCAGCCUUUGCUCCUUUGCUCACACGCCUACCAGAGAAGGAUGUGCCCCCCAAGCCACACCAUGCUUCUGAAUGCAAAGGGAGCUUGUGGGGAUAGCAGGGGACCAGACUCUGGCCUCUGCUCUUCAGAAAUAAAGGACUUUGACCAUCUGUA